AUGGCAGCGAUGACGUCUUCCACCUCGACUGAAGGUGGGCUCCGUUUCUUCUCGGGGGAUUCCGAGGAUGGCCGUGAGUACAAACGCUGGAAGCAAUGGGUGAAGAACAAACUGCUGACGCUUGACAAGUUGGCGGAGGGCUCCAGAGGGGCCUACAUAUACACCCUUCUCUCUGGCAAGGCCCUGGAGGCCGUGGAACACUUAGAUCCCGAAAGCUAUCAGAAGAAGGGCGGCGAUGAUGCCCUAUGGGCCAUUUUAGACAAGCGAUUCCCUCAGCAGGAGACAGUGGAUGAGUUGGGGGAGAUCCUGAACGAGAUCUUUGGACUUCGCUCACAUGAAGGCGAGUCCAUGAGACAAUGGACCGCCAGGGCAUCCGAGCUGAUGGACAAAUGUCACCGCAAGACUGGAGUCUCAUUCCCGGAUGAGGCCAGGGGAUGGCUGCUACUCCAUCGAGCUGCUUUGACGGAAGAGCAAAAGGCGGUGGUGAUCGCCAGGGCUCGAGGUGAUUUGAAGCGGGAAUCCAUCGCCUCCGCACUUCGAUCCUGCUACCCAGAGCUGGUCAUGACUCGCAAGCGUGCGGGAGUGGCAAUGGCCGAGGAACAGGAUGGGGGCGAUGACACUGCUGAGAUAUGGGAUGAUGGUUUUUCCGACGUUGAGCAGUUGUUGGAAGACCACCAUGCUGGUGUCGAGGCGGGACCCGACACCGAGACCUUCCAGGAGUCCGAAGUCGCUGAGGUUUUGGCCGCCACCUGGAAAGAGAAGAGGCACGAGUUGAACCGCCUUCAGAAAACUCGUCAGUUUCAGAAGGCACGAGAUGUCAAACGAAGCUUUCGGGUGGAGAUUGAGGAGAUGAAGAGGAACUCCACUUGCAAUCGUUGCGGCCGCAAAGGCCAUUGGGCACGAGAAUGCCGAUCAAAAGAGACGACCAAAGGAGCUGGCAAGUCAAGGACUUCUGGAUCUAGCGCUGCAUCCGGUGCAGCGGUGGUGCAAGAACUGGAUUUUGUGGCCUCAGUGAUGGCUACGCCUACGCUGCUGGAGCAAGUUCGCAAGCAUGUGAAUGAGAAGGGUCAGCCCGAUGCUCCAGCCACCACAGAGGAGAUCCUGCUUGUGUCGUCCCCAGGCUAUGGUGUCCUGGACUCCGGCUGUGGUCGGACCAUUGUUGAGCAGACCACCCUCCGUGCCUUUGAGAAGAUUUGGAAGCAGAAGGGAUGGGCAAUUCCAAAGCCCAUCGAUGAAGUGCAUCAAUUCAAGUUCGGAAAUGGUGAAGUGGAGACAUCCUUGGUCUCCAUUCAGAUGCCUGUCGUCUUAGCUCGUCGCCGAGGUGUGAUUCGUGCUGCAGUGAUCAAGGGUGAUGCUCCAUUGUUGUUGAGCCGCACAGCACUCAAAACAUUGGGUGCGACUCUGGACUUCGCACAUGACAGCCUCCAGGUGUUUGGAAAGACAAUUCCCCUCCAAACCAACAGUGCUGGACAGUAUGUAGUGCAAUUGACUGGGGAAGAUUCCUUGUGUUCACCCGCAGCCGCUUUUACAGAAGUGAUGGCAUCUGUGGAGGCCUCUCCAGGUCCCACGGCAUCUCAUGAGCAUGUUGGUGAGCCGCAGCUUGAGCCGGGGAUGCCUGCGGCAAAUGCCCCCGGGUUGACCUCGCCGUCAGCACCUGACACGGCGAUUUGGGAGCAGGAGGACUGUGAUGUCGCCACCACCCCAUGGUUGUCUCGCCAAGGGCCAGCAUGGAAGCAUGUGUUUCGUAGGAGCGCCGUUGAGCAAGAGCUCAUGACGGAGAAGCCAUGUCUUCUGGUGUUGUGCCCGCCGUGCACCGACGAAGGCAGUGCCCCAGGGGUUUCAAGUGUCAGUGAAUAUGCUGGACGAUACCCACAGCAGUUUGUGCAAGCAGUGCUUCAAACCGUAGAGGCUUUUCGCAUGAGCAGUCAUGACUCGAGUCCCAUGCAACCAUCGGCGGAACCUGCAGUGUGCAUUCUCGAAGAUGCGAUUCCUGAAGAGAGCUGGUCAGAGGUCUUGGCUGUCAAUGCCCUGAGUCAACGAACCGAUGCAGAGCUCAUUCCGGUGUUGCCAACACUGCAAGUGCUUGGUGAAGUGGUCGUGCACUGCCUGCGCCAUGCGGUUGCUUCGUGA